UGCACUGCAACACAACAGGAAGAAACAUCUAGCUUGCUUCACGUGCUCCUCUUCCUCAGCUUCAAACAAACGUAUCAUACCAAAAACUUCAGCAUCUAGUCGGGCCAAAUGAGUGGACCAUCAAGGAUGGCCUCAUGACGUGGAGCACAUCACUGUCCCCUGCCUGACAUUGUGUGUAAACCAGUGGGCCAGAUGUCCUAUCCCACCCCCUUGUACUCCCACGCGGGCCGCGGGCCUUUCACUGACGUGUACGAGCCAGCUGAGGACUCCUUCCUCUUGAUCGAUGCCCUUGAGCAGGAUGCUGACAGACUGAAGAAAAUUAGCCCCUCUGUGUGUCUAGAGGUGGGCAGUGGCUCUGGGGUGGUGUCCGCCUUCCUGGCAUCCGUGAUCGGACCUACAGCUCUAUACCUCUGUACCGACGUGAACCCCGAAGCAGCCCAGUGCACUCUGGAGACGUCUCGCUGUAACGGCGUUAAUCUGCAGCCCAUCAUCACGGACUUGGUGGACUCUCUCUUGCCAAGGUUGUGUGGAAAAGUGGACGUUCUUUUAUUCAACCCUCCUUAUGUCGUCACACCAUCAGAAGAGGUGGGUAGCCAGGGCAUCGAGGCAGCCUGGGCUGGUGGGAGGUGGGGCCGAGAGGUGAUGGACAGGUUCUUCCCCCUGCUUCCAAAGCUACUGUCUAAUCAGGGGUUGUUUUACCUGGUCACUGUGGCAGAGAACAACCCAGAGGAGAUCACCACUUUGCUGAGGAAGUCUGGCCUGCAGGGGGUGCCCUGUCUGUCCAGACGAACUGGGCCAGAGAGCCUCUCUGUGCUGCGCUUCCACAGAACAAUGUGACCCUCCCUGUCCCUCGACCACAGCUGAACCACAGACGAGACCAUGAACCUGCUGCUCCGACCACAGCGGGUUCAGCUUAAUCUCAACAACCAGGAGUGGUAAACUGAUCCCUCCCAAGGACAGGACCGUAAAUUGAGUGAAAACCAUCGUGGGUUCAUAGCAGCAUUGGUCAAAUAAGUGACCAUGUCUCGAGACCUUUACCCAAUGCACUAUACAGUACAAAGGCUCACAGGUUGUCCAUGCUAAGGAGUGUUCAAGUUUCCUUGAACCUGUUUGUAUUGGGAGAGGAUCCAGUCUGUGUCAGUAUUGAAGACAUGUUGUACAUGUACAGUACCAGGUUGAACUGACAUGCUGACUACCAGUGAUGUAAAGUACUUAAGUAAAAAAUACCUUAAGUAGUACUUUAA